UCUCUCAAUCAUCGGAAUCUCAGGGUAAUCAAGCUUUUUAAGCAAACACAGUGGGAGAAUUAAGGGGAAGAGAGAGAAAGAGAGACUGUGUGAUUCAAUUGGGGUUUUGAUUGUUUAUGUUCGUGCCCCAAUUAGGGAUUGUUGUGAUCGAAUUGGGGUUUUGAUAAUUUAUCUUCAAUUAGGGCGUGUUAAUUGUGUUGAAGAAGGAACGUUUAAUUUACAUUGAAGAUGGAUUCAGAGGAUGAUAUGCACGACGCGAACGAUGCUGAAUCUCUUGAUGAUGACUUCUACAGUGGGGAGACUGCUAUGGACUCCGAUGAUGGUGAUGCAGCCGACUACGAGUUCAUCGAUAAUGAUUCCGAUGAUUCUAACGAUCUGGUUUCUCAUCGUAACCAGCAAAACUACACCAUUUUGAAUGAAACUGAUAUUCAACUACGUCAAGAGGAUGAUAUUACGAAGAUAGCUUCUAUACUUUCCAUUUCAAAUGUUGCGGCUGCCAUAUUACUCCGCCAUUAUAACUGGAGUGUCAGCAAAGUGAAUGAUGAAUGGUUUGCUGAUGAAGAAAAGGUUCGCAGGGUUGUUGGAUUGUUGGAGGAACCACGCCCGCUUCCCAAUGCUAAAGAGUUGACAUGUGGGAUUUGCUUUGAAGUAUAUCCUUGUGAUAGUAUGUGUUCUGCUGCUUGUGGUCAUCCUUUUUGUGUAACUUGUUGGCAAGGAUACAUAAGCACCGCCAUCAAUGAUGGCCCGGGAUGCUUGACGCUGCGAUGUCCUGAUCCAUCUUGUGGUGCAGCUGUUGGUAAAGACAUGGUUGUUUCCUUGGCCUCACAUGAUGAUAGAGAGAAAUAUCGACGUUACUUCCUUCGUUCUUUUGUGGAAGACAAUAGAAAGACAAAAUGGUGUCCGGCUCCUGGUUGUGACUAUGCUGUGGACUUCAUUGUUGGUGGUGGAACCUUUGAUGUUACCUGCCGCUGCUCAUAUAGCUUUUGCUGGAAUUGUACCGAGGAAGCUCAUCGUCCAGUUGAUUGCGACACUGUGUCAAAGUGGAUAAUGAAGAACAGUGCAGAAUCAGAGAACAUGAAUUGGAUAUUAGCUAAUUCAAAACCAUGUCCCAAGUGCAAGCGGCCAAUCGAGAAGAACCAAGGAUGUAUGCAUAUCACAUGUACACCACCUUGCAAAUUUGAGUUUUGCUGGCUUUGCCUUGGUGCAUGGUCUGAUCAUGGUGAAAGAACAGGUGGUUUUUAUGCAUGCAACCGUUAUGAGGCAGCAAAACAAGAGGGAGUGUAUGAUGACACAGAAAAGCGACGUGAGAUGGCAAAAAACUCUCUAGAAAGAUACACUCAUUAUUAUGAAAGAUGGGCUACAAACCAAUCGUCUAGACAAAAAGCACUGGCAGAUCUUCAGCAAAUGCAAAGCAUACAUCUUGAGAAGCUGAGUGACAAGCAGUGCCAACCUGAAUCACAGCUUAAAUUCAUAACAGAGGCCUGGCUACAGAUAGUUGAAUGUAGACGGGUACUAAAGUGGACAUAUGCUUACGGAUAUUAUUUGCCCGAGCAUGCGCAUGCCAAGAGGCAAUUCUUUGAGUACUUGCAAGGUGAGGCAGAAUCUGGGUUGGAACGACUUCAUCAAUGUGCAGAGAAGGAACUACAAGGUUACCUCAAUGUUGAAGGUCCUUCGAAGGACUUCAAUGAGUUCCGUAUGAAACUAGCUGGGCUGACCAGCGUAACCCGGAAUUACUUUGAGAAUCUAGUGAGGGCUCUAGAGAACGGUCUUUCAGAUGUUGAUGCUCAUGGUGGAACCAGCCGAACCGGUGGCUCAAGGAGUUUGGGAGCCGGGAGCAGCAAGGGCAGAACCAGUAGGAGCAAAGGAACAGCAGCUAGAUCAAGCGGUUCAAGAAACAUAGAUGAUUCUGGACACUGGUCGUGUGAUUAUUGUACAUUUGCCAAUGUCAGAUCAGCCACCGUCUGCCAAAUGUGCCAGCAACGUCGAUGAAUUACAUGCGACCAUUUCUGUCACUCGGGUUUUAAUGGUUCGUUAACUUGCACAUUCCAUGUGGGCAGCGGUUUAAAUGGAAGAAAAACCGACAGAAAAAAACUUAGAAGACAGAGCUUGCAUUUGAUCUGCGAUUGCUGUUGUAUGUAUAUAGUUCCAUAGUAUCUGCUCGUUCAAGUCUGUUAGAAGAUCUGAUGUAUUUUAAUGUAUAAUGCGAGCUCUUUUAGAUAACUAUGCAUUCGAUACAACUGAAUUUGCAAGCGGAUUGUAUUUAGACGAUGUAUUCUUAUAGAAAACGACACCCUUUUCGCCA